AUGGCGGCGACUGCCGGGGCGGGGACGGGCGGGAAGGGACGGGGCGAAUCCGGGCGGAAGCAUUGUGACCUCACGGCUGAUGCCGCUCCCUCGCUGCCCCACUCCGCUAUAAAAGCGGGCGCAACGCCCCCCGCCCCCGCGGCAGCAUGGCCCGCUACCGCCGGCGCUCCCGCAGGAGCCGCAGCCGCAGCCGCAGCCGCAGCCGGCGCCGCCGCUCCCGCCGCCGGGGCGUGCGUAAGACGCGCCGGGCCUCCCGCCGCUCCGCGUACCGCCGGCGCCGCCGCUCCAGCCGCAGACGCCGCCGCCGGCGCUGAGCCGAGCGCGGGGCUCGGCCUCGCACGGCGCGAGGAGCGCGCAGAGCGCGGCCGCGGCGCGGGGCUGCGGAUGCCAAUAAAGGCCAGCAAUGUUCACCAGGGUGUGCGUGUCUCUGCCUGUGCCUGCGUGGCGGUGGCUGUUCCUGCGUGUUCAUACAGCCCAGGGACCCCCUCACUGCCGAGUGCCCCGGAGGUGCCGCUGUGGCCGCUCCCGGCCGGGCCGGGCCGAGCAGCAGCUGCAGCCCCGGCCGGAGCUGCCGCGGGCACCGAGGCUGAGCGGGACGUCGGGGCCGGAGGCAGCGGGGAGCCCGUGAGGAGACGCCACUGCACCGAGGAAGCCAGCUCGACCCACAGCCAUCAGCCCAAGCUCAGCACCUGUUGAAGUUGUGUCAGAUUCUUUGAGGAGAAGCUUUCAACACUCCAGCCUGAAAUGGCCUCCUCUUUGGAGGAGGAUGUCAGUGUUGCCUCUCUGAGUGUUCAGGAGAGCAGCCUGUAAACAGAGCUGCAGCUGAGACAGCGGUGCCUGGCAACACAAGCAAUGGGAACAGUUCCCUGGAGCCCGAGGAGCCUGGUAAGAGGAGAGCCCACGUUCCUGGAGAGAGCUCUGAAAAGGGCUGCUCUGAGCUGGGCAGACAGGAAGGGAGAUCAGAAGAGUUCAGUCCCUGUCUGCAGCGUUGCUGCCUCCUGUGCCUUUGGUUCAAAUCCUGCACUGGCACCACCUCCCCAAGCCCUGCCCCCACGCUCCUGCAGAGG